AUGGGUGGUAGACUAGCCGCUGAAGCUUUUAGACAAGAAGAACUUAUUCAGGAUGAUGAAUAUUCGUUUGAAGAUGACAAAGUUGAAUUAGCCAACCCUGAACAAUUUGAACAUCAACAAAAUAAAGUGGAGACUGAACAAGAAGAGAUUGAAGAAGGUGACACACCAUGGUAUUUGAGAGAAGAUGAAUCAUCAAAAUUAGAUACACCAAUUUUCAAAACUGAGAUUCCAGAGAUACCAAAAGAUGCACCAUCUAAUAUUGAACCAAUUUUAAAAUUUGCAGCUGAAGAAUUAGGUCUUGAUGAAUUGAAACUUUUUGAUAUUAGAAACCGUCAAGAUAUACCAGCUAGUGCUCACAUUGAUUACAUGAUUUUAUCCACUGGUAAAUCUGAAAGACACAUUCAAAAUGCAGUUGAUGAGUUAUCAGCUUUUUUAAAGAAGGAAUUUAAAAUUACACCGUUCGUUGAAGGUUUAUUGAAAGCUAAUUCUAUACAGAGACAAAAGAAGAGAAUGAAGAGAAAAGCUAGAAAAGGUACAUAUAUUGAUUUAGAAUAUGGUGUGGGACCAAACAGUUGGGUUAUGGUGGAUACUAAAACAAAUGGUGUUUGUUUCCAUGUCUUGACACAACAAAGAAGAGAAGCUGUUAAUUUGGAAUAUUUAUGGUGUAAGCCUGAAGAGAGAGAACAAUACAAGAAGAUUGGUGUUACAAAACAAGUUGAUGAUAAUGUUGAUUCCAUUUUCCAUGGAUUACAAAGAAGAAAUUAUUCAACAAGUCGUUCUGAAGUUGUUGGUGAUGAAAUGGCUAUACAACAAUUUCAAAUUGGUGAUUUGAAUUCAUUUGAUGGGUUAAAAUUGACCAAUCCAACAAGUUUCCUUAAACAUGUUAUAGAUGAUUUGAAUUCAAAAUCAUUAGAAGAAGCACAACAGGAAUAUUCACAGUUUGAUAACGCUAAAGUUGAAUUUUUCAAUAAUGCAUUCCCAAUAAUACCAACAAGACAAGAUUUUGAACUCAGAUAUGAAUUUUUUUCCAUCUUGAAUAAGAUAUUACCAGAUUUUUAUCCAUUUGACAAAUUAACAACAAUUUUAAUGGAACAAUCAUCAGCAGGUGAAUUUAUUACUAAACCACAAUUUGAUCAAUAUUUCCAAGAUUUAAUACUUGUUCAACAACCUCCAAAGGGUGAAAUUAUCACUCAACAAGAAUUUAAUGAAUUGUUUAAAUGGAAAUUUUCCAAUCUAACGAAAAUUUUAAAAAUAAUGGAUUUACAAUCAAAUGUUGAAAUAAAUAAUGAUUUUUUGAAAAACUUAUUAUUAUUAUCAUCCCAAUGUUAUAAUGAAGCUCAUAUUAAUGAUGUACCAAUUUCAAGAAGUUUCAAGAUACUGUUAGAUCUUUAUCAUAAUAAUCAACCAGAUUAUACAUUAAUUUAUUUAAUAUUAUCAACAUUUGGUAAAGAUCAAAAAUAUUCAAAUUUUCAAGAGUAUUGGGAAAACAAUUUACCAAUUUAUAAUGUUCAAGAUAAUCAUAUUGAACUAGAUACAAGACCAUGGUUUAUAUUGAUACAAGUGUUAGAUGAAUUAGAUAAAGGGAAAUUAAACGAAUGGUUUAUAAAUUCUCAAUUACCAAGAUUGAUUGAGAAUAAAGUCAUCAUUGAUACAGAUAUGAAACAACAAAUUCAUAAAAUAAUGGAUUCAUUCGGUGUUCCUGAACUAAAGAAUACGAUAUAA